AUGUUCCUCAUUUCGUAUACGAUGGGGUGCGUAGCAGUCUACUCGCAUUUUCUUUUCGGGUUACUUACUAUUUACGCUGUGAUUGUACUUUUCCUGCUUACUACCGAGUUAUAUGAUAUAAAUCCAAAACAUCCAACAGCAUUCGAUUAUGGGACGGUGGAAAACACAGUUGACUUGGAGGGAUUUAAGGUUUUGACGUCUAUUAUCGUUCAUACACAUUGCAUCCUGUGUUUGACGAUCUGCAUGAUGGCUAAUAAUAUUACAAGAUGCGCUAAAGCUUUACCUCCUUUUGUGAUCGUUAUCAUUCUCUUCUUCAAUAUGAUAUUCAAUGUAAUGGGCUGUUUGUGUCUUUGGGUACAUCAGGCUCCAAAUAUUCCGGAAGGAUACGCGGAUUCGAUACGAGCAACUGCUGCGCUGUCAUCGGCCGCGGUCGUAUACACCUUGGUGGCUGUUGUUAUGUACAGCUGUAGAUCUCUUCACCAUUCCCCAGAAGACGAGCUGGUGACGAAAGUUGAAGCGUUGGAUAAAAAAGCUCCACAGCUGCCGUCUUCUAGUCCAGAAACUCGAGAUGGUAGCAAAGAAGAACGUAAACCAUCAUUUCCACCACCUCCACCGUUAGAAGAAUUUACUGGAAACGAAGGAAAAGGAAGUAAAGAAAACAUUCCAGCCUUUAAAAUCACUGCGAACGAAGGUGGAAACAUCGCGCCCUAUAAAGGAAUAGAAAUAAAAAGAUCAGAAUCAAAUACGCAACAGAGCAUUGAUAAAACAACUAUUAUGCACUUUAAAACGGUCACUACUUUCAAUUAG